CCAUGACAAGAUAUAAACCCUUUACCAACCUCCAUAAAAUCCAUAUGCAUCACGAUCUAGGGCAACACAUCUCGAACCAAAUAGAAACUCGGUGCAGAGACGACUUGGAGAAGCGGAACUCGGUGCAGACUUGGAGAAUCUACGACAAGUAGCGAUGGAAUCGGUUAAUGAAGGAUCGAUGGAAUCGGUUAAUGAAGCAUCUCCGGAGGAACUCGAUGGGAAGGAAUUGGAGUUGUUCACCACUAACUUGCGGUUUGAUGCACUUUUCACAUCACCUCCAGAGGUACCCGACUGGGAGCGAUUCGUGAAGUUCGCCAUUAACUUGGAUAAUGGAUGCAGAGUUCCAGAAAAAUUCAAAUGGAAUGACUUGAAGAUGUUCACCAAUAACUUCAGCGAGAAGAAUUUUAUUGACUGGACCCAAUUUUGCAAAGUUUACCGUGGAAGAACUCUGCAGGGUCAAGAGGUGACGGUGAAAAUUUGGGUUCCUCAAGAUGUCUACACUACUGUCGGGCGUGAAAAUGUUGUGAGAUUGCAGCAAGAAGUUAUUUUCUUGAGCCGCAUAAGGGAUCAUCCUUAUUUGGUGAAGCUGAUUGGGUAUUGCUGUGAUGAUGAUGAUGAUGAUCAUAUUGGUGUUGUCUAUGAUCUUAAUUCUGUGGACACAUUGCACAAGCUCAUCAAACAGGAUUCUUUUACUUGGCAAACGAGGUUGAAUGUCGCUCUUAAAUUUGCAUCUGUGAUUGAGUUUUUACAUUCCUAUGAACCCAAGUACUUUGUUUGCAAUAUAGAUGCUGCUCAUGUAAUGCUUGAUCAGGAUUCCAAUCCUGUUCUAUUUGACUUUGCUAUGCUGGUGGGAGGGAUUUUUGGUUAUACCCCCCCUGACAUCUCAUGUAAGAGAAGGCCUUUAUGUGGUUCUUUCGGCUAUAUUGAUCCUCAAUAUUUUGAUACAGGUAUCUACACAGAGUGGACAGAUGUAUUUGCAUUUGGUGUGGUACUCCUUAUGCUCAUAAGCAAGAGGGUCUGGGACAGGGACAGCUCGAUCGCCGCUUGGCAAGCCACAAUGCAAGGGAAGGAUAGAGGUCGUACAGUUCAGCAAUGGGCACUAGAGAAGUACAGCCAACUAAGCAAGAGGUUUUGGUGUAAAAAUUCGCUCGUGCAUAAGAGCCUGAAGAGAGACCCGGGUUUUGAUGCUAGUCGUGGAGUGAACGUCACUGAGCUUGCAAUACGCUGUGUACAGAAGAAAAGGUAUGGGCAGUGGCCGCCGCCUCCUAAAAUAGCAGAAGUAGUUAGUAUUUUGCGGUUAUGGGCAGUGGCCGACGCCUCCUAAAAUAGCAGUAGUUAGUAUUUUGCAGUUAAUGAGCAAGUGAUGGUUUUGUUAGUGCAACAAAUCCUAAAGAAUUGCUGGUUUUUCAAUGGAAAUGAUUUGUAAUGAGGGAUCUAGAGACUGGAGACCUUCCCUCUGUUAUUCUGCUUUAUCCUUUAUAUUCUCUGACCUGAAUUAGGUUAAAAGCCUCUGAUACUUAAUUUCUCUUCCCUGGUA